AUGCCAAUAGGUCCACCUAAAAUGAUUAUAACUGAUCAAGAUCCUACAAUGAGUAAAGCUAUAACUGAAAUCCUGCCAAACACGUUGCAUAGAUUUUGUAUGUGGCAUAUUUUGAGUAAGUUUUCAGAAAAACUAGAUGCAGUAAAGUGGAAGGAGCAUUAUCAACAUUUUCAUAGCUACAUAUGGAAUUCAGCUAGUCGAGAAGAGUUUGAUGUUCAAUGGGCAGAGGUUAUCGAGUCAAGUGGGUUGAAUACAAAUGAAUGGUUGAAAGCGUUAUACGAUAUUCGUUCAAAGUGGAUUCCUGCGUAUGUUAAUGAUACAUUCUCUACAGGGAUGUCAAGCAGUCAACGAGCAGAAAGUUGUCAUGCAUUUUUCAAGUCUUAUGUUUCAAAAAAAAAUACAUUGACGGAUUUUGUGGUGAGGUUUAGUAGAGCUCUAAAACGCCAAAGACACCAAGAAUUAUGUCUUGAUCACAAGGACAUUAACGAACAACCUGUCAUGAAAACCAUGUUUGGUGUUGAGAAGUCUUUGGCUGAGUUGUUCACACACACCAUGUUUUACAAAGUUCAAGAGGAGUUGUUCCAAAGCAUGGCAUAUAUGGCGACAUUUGAGCAUGAGUCUGGAAACUUGAAGUUAUAUAAUGUUCAGCGUGUUGAAGGGAGUCAAAAUAGUGCUAGAAAAGUAAUUGAGGACAAGCCAUUGAAUUGUAUGACUUGUAGCUAUAGGAAAUUUGAAUCCUAUGGAAUAAUAUGUCGGCAUAUUUUUUCAGCUUUCAGGAAGCUACUUCUACAUCAACCAUUGCCUGAUAUUUAUGUACUGCGAAGAUGGACAAAAGUUGCAAAAUCGUUGACUGUAGGAGGUGUUGAUGGGCAGGAUAAUUGUGAUAGAAAGGUAAUACUCAAUCACAAUACCUUUCGUAGACAAGCGUCAAAUAUUCUUGAAGCCGCUUUGAUCAAUAAAGAUAUAUAUAACCUCACAUUUGAAUCGUUCGAGUCACUUCAAUGCAAGAUCAACUCAAUGACACUAAAUGAUGGAGGACAAUUGUCUACGCCUAGUUUGUCUCUAUCAAAGCUGAUUUACAAUGAGCCAGAAAAGGUAGGACGCAGUAGCUUCAUGACCUAUGCUGUUCAAUUUUUUUAA